UUUGCUGCCCCCUCCCCAUGCGUCCUCAGCCUGGCAGAGUCCAGUAUCUCCCCCUGGCCCCAGUCCUGCCUGUGCAGUGCCGCAGGGGCAGGAUGGGCAGUGGGGCCACUGCCACCCUGGUAUGGGGCCAUGCCCAGCUCCCCGGCAGCUGUGACGCCCACGCUCUGCAGCACAGGAAGCGGUGGAGGAAAGCAGAAGUGCCAUGCCGUGGUGCGGGCGGGAGCUUUUGUUUUUAACCUUCAUUUCCUCUGCGUGGGGCUCGGUGCGCGCCGAGCUCAGAGCUGAGUGCUCCAGGCAGGCUCCUCCGGCAGGAGCUGCCCUGAGGCUGGGGCCAGGCCGUGCCAGAGGCAGGCGGUGGCGGGGACAGGAUGGGGGACUGGAGCCUGCCCAUCAGCUCGCUGGGCGAGGAGGUGGUGGCCCGGCUCUGUGAGCUCCUGGACAACGCCAGCCGGGGCUGGCGCAAGCUGGCCGAGGUGGCCGGGGCAGAGAAACGCUUCAAGUGCAGCGAGGAGGAGCUGGAGGUGUGCUCGCUGAAGGUGCUGGAGCCCCGCGGCAGCCCCACGCAGUGCCUCCUGCAGCUCCUGGCCGAGCGCGACUGCACCCUCAAGUACCUGCUGGGCUGCCUGGACAGGAUGGGGCACACGCAGGCCUGCCAGGUCCUCAGCAGCGCCGUCCAUGACAUGAUCCGCAUCACGGUGCAGCCGGAGUCGCAGGUGGUGGCGGAGGGCGCGCGGGUGUCCCUCACCUGCUGGGCCACCGGCCCGCCAGGGCUCACCUACCAGUGGUUCUGCGGGAAGCAGGAGGUGCCCGGAGCCACGGCCCCGGAGCUGGUGAUCGACACGGCCGCCCCACCAGGCCCACCCCGGUGGUUCAUCUGCCGCGUGAACUGCGGGGCCGCCUUCGCCUUCUCCAGGUGGGCCCACGUCCAGGUGGAGAGGAGCAGCAGCCCCAGCUCAGCCAGCGGUUACUGCCCCACCAUGGCGGGGCUGCAGAUCCUGCAGCAGCCACAGCCGUGCUGCCUGGCUGAGGGGGACACGCUGGUGCUGGAGUGCAGAGCCAUCGGCAACCCGCCGCCGCAGUACCAGUGGUUCAGGAACCGGCGUCCCGUGGAGGGUGCGCGGGCGCCCCAGCUCCAGGUGCAGCUGGUGACGACGGCCGAGCGGGGCAGCUACUCCUGCCGUGUGUUCAACCUCUUCCACGAGGUGUGGAGCCAGGAGGUGGACGUGGAGAUCGGCCCACGGCUCUUCGCCUCUGGAGGCUCCUGGCAGGAUGGGGACGGAGGUCCCCCAGAGCCCGGCAGUCCUGACCAGCUGUACGCCACCGACAAAGUGGCCCUGCUGAUCGGCAACAUGCGCUACCUGCACCACAAGCAUCUGAAGGCGCCCAUGGUGGACGUGCACGCGCUGAGCUCCCUCCUGUGCCAGCUUGACUUCAAGGUGGUCUCGCUGCUGGACCUGGGCAAGGAUGAGAUGCAGAUGGCUGUCAAUGAGUUCCUCCUGCUCCUCGACAAGGGCGUCUAUGGUUUGCUUUACUACGCCGGGCAUGGCUACGAAAAUUUUGGCAACAGCUUCAUGGUGCCCAUCGAUGCCCCCAGUUCCUACACCUCCGCCCACUGCCUGUGCGUGCAGCGGGUGCUACAGAGCAUGCAGCAGCGGCACACCGGACUCAAUAUCUUCCUGCUCGACAUGUGCCGCAAGAGGAACCUCAACGACGACAUCAUCCCGCAGGUCGGGGCGCUGCAGGUGACGGCCAACAUCGUCUUCGGCUACGCCACGUGCGCAGACGCCGAAGCCUACGAGCUGAGCCAGGGCGAGUUCUCCAACGGCGUCUUCGUCAGCUUCCUCAAGCGCUGGCUGCUGGAUGACGAGAAGAUCACGGUGCUGCUGGACAAGGUGGCCGAGGACAUGGGCACCCUGGAGAUCACGCGGGGCCGCCAGGCGCUGGAGCUCCGCAGCAACCUCUCGGAGAGGCGAGCGCUGACGGACCCCAUCCGCGCCCCGGGCCGGGACGAGACCUCUGCCAGGAACCUGCAGUGGGCCAAGGCCCACGGUGAGCACCAUGGCCACCGCACCCAGCGCUGGCACCUGUGGGGAUGUGGAGGGGACGGCCCCGAGAUGUGGGGCGAGGUGGCAGGCAGCAACUCCAGUGCCCACCGGCUUUCUCUGGCACAGCACCACCAGCCCUGGGCUUGGCACCGGGGCUGCCCCGAGGGUCACCGCUGUGGUGGUGACCGAGGAGGUGCCAGCCCUGUGCUCGCUGUCCCGGCAGUGCUCCCGGAGAGCCGCCACCUGCACUUCAGCUGCGGCAUUACCGUCCAGCUGGGCUUCGCUGCCGAGUUCUCGAACAUCAUGAUCAUCUACACCCGCAUCCUGGCCGCCCCCAGGGACGUCACUGAGUGCGUGGCCAAGCUCACUGACAUCCCCGAGGAGCUGGACGUGGACCUCAAGUGCACCAACAAGGAGAGCCCCGAGGAGGUGGGCAGCCCCUUGUCACCCUCCUGGAGCCCCGGCUGCCCCUCCUGCUGCCUCUACAGCCGCCUCUGCGGCCUGCAGAAACUGCGGCAGGAGCUGGCCUUCACCGUGUGCCUGCAGUACCGCUACCGCGGCAUGGACGACUUCGUGGAGGAGAGGCGGGCAGUGAGCGUGGGCAAGCCGCUCAUCGCCAAGCUCAACCUGCGCCUCGGCCCCGCCGCCGCCUCGCAGCCCCCCUUGGAGACUUCCGUCAGCCCCCUCUCCAGCUCACCCCCGGGGAGCUGGGGGGCGGCGGGGGACUUCUGGGGAAACACCCCCGAGGAGAACCUGAGCCCCAAGGGGCCAGGCUCACACAGCCUGUAGAUGGACACGCGGCCCCCGCUCUACGCCUCGUGCCCCGUCUGGCCUGGAGGGGACAGAGGGGAUGGGGACGGAGCUGGGUGCUGAGGGGCUGAGCCCUGUCCUGCUCUGCACCAGGGAUGUGGGGCUCACUGCUUGGCACCUGGGGGGGGCAGCAUGGUGCUGCCUCAUGUACAGGGCACUGCCCCCUGCCCUGGACAGGGACAGCCCCACGGAUGGCACAUUGCCACCCCACAGAUGUACAGGGAAUGCCAGCCCCAGCCACAUGGCACUGCCAGCCCCACAUCGAGGACACAGCCCCAUGUCCCCUGCCGUGGCACUGCCACCACCAGAGACAGGACGCUGUCCCUGGCAUGGCAGUGCCACCCCCCACCCCAGGGCAGCACCAGCCCCGGGGCUCCCCGUGGCCAGGCCAUGCCCACUUUGCGUGGCAGUGGCAUUGCCCAUUGGGCGAGGAGGGGACAGAGGCAGGGGGCUCAGCGAGGCGUCGCGCCGGGGCAGGGUUGGGCUCAUUCAGGCCUAGGAGAAAUAGAGAGAAAUAAGGAGAUCAGGGAGCAAGUCCUGAGGGGAGGAUUAGGGGGGAGCAAAGGGCUCCUGCUUGGCUGGGAGGCAGCCCUGGGGCCAUGGGAGACCCACCUGGCCCCCCAGUGCUCCCAGUGGGACACUGAGUGCCAGCGCUGGCCAGGCCAUGAAAGAUUUCAGGGUAUGGAUGAAAUCUGGGGGAAAAAUUGCCAUUUGCUUUUUUUUUUUUUUUCCAUAAUGCACGAGAUGGGGGCACAGGGUGUACGCAUGCUUUGCUCGGCCCUAUGUGCCAGCAUCUGCAAAUGUCUCCAUUGGGUCUAAAAUGGGAGAAAACACCAAUAAAAGAGUGAAAGCAAGAU